AUGUGGUAUCUGUGGUCUGAAAAUAUUAAAAAAAGAGCCUGCAGGUAUCUGCUACAACGAUAUUUGGGCAAUUUCCUUGAAGAGAAACUGACUUUGGAUCAGCUGAGUGUCGAUUUAUACAAUGGUACUGGGACAGUCAGCGAUGUUAGCCUUGACUGCGAUGUACUCAACGAGCUGGGAGAUGCACAGAAUUGGCCCUUGGAGAUAGUAGAUGGCCAUGUAAAGGAGAUUAUGGUCUCCGUUCCAUGGUCAACACUGUUCUCAGAUGACUCCGUUGUCAAAAUCAGCGGAUUGACGCUCACUGUACAACCGAAAGUGCGAGCUGAACCAGUGUCAUCGAUGCUGGAGUCGAUGUGGUCCUCCAUGUCUUCUUCUAUGCAACUGGCCGCUGAGUGUCUGAAGGAAGACGUCGGUCCCCAGGAUUCCCAACCCGUCGAAGGCAUCGAGAUGUUUGCUCAAGCCAUAGACUCAAUACUAAGCCGUGUCAAAGUAAAAUUUGAAAACACGAUACUUCGUAUUGAACACGUACCGAAAAACGGUGACCGAGGCAUCGCACUUGAGGUCCAUAUAAAGAAUAUCGACUACUUUGACGAAGCCGGGUCGGAACCGACCCCGGGACAAACAGAUCCUGACAAGCCGAAAACAUACAUAGUAGCAGCAUACACGAACAAAAAAAUUAAAUUCGAUGGAGUCACUCUAUACACGGACGAAUUCCCAUCGAAAAUGCGGACUAUGGCACGGAGUCUCAUCAUGGAGAAGUCCAUCUCCUCACAAGCUGAUAAAGCCGAGAGUCAAGAGACUCCAGAUGUGAACUUCCAAAGCACAAUUUCUGAUGUCUUUUACGAAACUAGGAGUGUUAUAUCCACCAUAGAAACAGAAACAUUCAAAGAGGCCAACCCCGAUGAAGACCAGACCAAAAGUCGACCGGAGUCGAGAGAAUCGACGCCUGAGAAGGUCAACCACCCUGAUCCCAUAUUAUUUGCUAAAUUGAUAGGAGAACAGGAACUAGCCUUGAAGUUAAAGCAUAAUUCGGAAGUGGAGGGGCCUAAAGUUGAAGUCAAUGUGUCAUUCGGGUCCCUCAUUGUGUUUAUUACUCCGAGGCAGCUACAUACACUGAUAGAGCUCGCUGAUGCUCUCAAUCAGCCACAUUUAGAGGACCGUAGCAAUAUACCAUUACGCCCUAGCGGAACGACCCAGUGCAAGCCGAUGCAGCCAGCCGACUUCCAACUGGUAGAAGCUCAAUUACUUGAUUUGUUUGAGAAGUAUAAGGCUAAGAAGCCUGCUGGCAGCAUGUCUGGCUGGUCUGGUCCAGGUUACGAUGAGGAGGAUGAUAAUGAAAUAUUCUACCCAAUGACAUCGCAAGGCCCAAUGGCUGAGAGUUUCUCGUCAUCCGUCAGCUCCAUGAGCGCUAGUAUGACUUCCAGCGCCACUGUGCCCACAGGUGCGCCCAGGAUCAAGAGAAACAAGAAAGGUCCGCAUAUCGAGGGUGACCCCACAGCAGAAGUGUCACAUAUCAGCUUGAAAAUCGAAUCUGUGGCCUGUGUUUUACUGCAUAAGGAUAUUCUAGUCCCGACUUUGUUAGGCUCUGACGUCAUAUCGCCAAGUACGGCCAUCAAGUUGCAAGAAGUUGCCAGCACCUUCUUCGCAAGCUUGGAGCUUUUUACCAUUGUCGAUGACUUCAGUGCGGCUAAUGAGAUACUUGAUAGAACCACUUUGAAGAGCCAUUUGAGGCUACUAACGUCAGAGAUAUCAGUAGACGGCAGCGAGAGAGUGACGGCGGUGGGCAGUCAGAUGCUGUGUGAGGCUUCCAUCAGAGAUGUGCUCGUCAGAGAGUGUCUAUACUAUUCCACGGAAGAAGGGGAGGACAUGGUUCAGGCAUAUAACCUGAUAAAAUUCCUUAAUAAAGAAAAUGAGGACAACUCGAGUCGUUCAAGCCAGCAAGGCGCGUCUGAACCUCACGCGAACAUUCGCAUCACGUUCAGACAGACGUCUAGGUACGCGCGCGGCGAACAGAGACUUGUCAAUCCUUCUACUGACAUCGUGAUAAAAUGCACACCGUUCUACGUGGACGUGGAGCUGACGAUAAUUGAACGUAUGUGGUCGACCUUCUUCGGUGGCUCCAAUACUGGCACUACCACACCAGCCCCGACUGGUUCCUCUCAGAACCAGACCAGUGUCACUUUGCAAUGCCCUGAUCUACAUGCUGUGUUAAGAUUCCCAAUAGCGGACCUCCGUCAGGGCGUAAAUCGAGAGUUCCGUAGCGUCCGGCCAGACUAUUUACUGUUCAAGUUCCAGAACGCCACCAUUACUUCGCAGCAAACACCCAGUUCCAGACCACAGCCUACCACGGUCACCGUACGAGCCACUAUACUGGACCUAUAUUAUUACGAAAACGACAUAUUCCCGGCUACACACAUAGCACGCACCACGAUAGACGACAACGUCUGUGAAGGGAACAUCCUCAGCGGACACGUCACAACCGCCGCCAUACCUACCAUAUCAAUAACGUUCAAACCUAAAAUCCCGGCGAAGGGUCCAUUCGACGGUUUCAACGACGAGCCGUCUAACUUCGAACCCGCGAACUCAAAUCCAAUGACUACAUCAUUUUAUCUAAUGAACAAUUUGACUUCCAAACACCCCAGCCCAUUCAGCGGGAAGAAAAUGGUACACCAGAGUUUCACUAAACAUGAAGACGAGGAAAAGGCACAAGAAGAAGAGAUGAUAGUCCCGGGCAAUGAGGAAGAGAUGGCAGAAUUCACAAGCAACUCCAUAGACUUGUCGGCCAUACAUCUGGACUUUAUACUACCUAUCCUCAGCUUGCAGCUUGAAUCGAAGCAGCUAUACGAGAUCAUCUACAACCGUAUAAACUCGGAUCUCUUACUAUGGGAGCCGCAGCCAGCAGAGCAGUAUGACAUCAACCCCCUCCAAUACCCCGACCUCACCCCCGGCUUUGGCGCGUUCAAAACCGCUGGGCAUGAUUCUGACACAGAAAGCACGUCGUCAGAGGAAGAGACCAACUUGUACUACUCGACGUAUGACAAUAAGCUGCGCAAGGGCAUCGGGAACAGUCGGCCGCACGAGGAGACAGAGACACACAACUUCUGUCUCACUCUCAAAGUUGGGAAAGGAGUACUUACUAUGUAUACUCCUGUCAGGGACAGCAACAAGCGUGUAGUGCCAGGACAGAUGGGCGAGCUAGUACUAGAUGCGUAUAACUUGUCUAUGUGCCAAGUGAGCGGCCUCAAUGGAAAACCCAAGACCGCGCAGCUAUGUCUACGAGCUGAUCGCACUACUUUGUACCAUGAUUCAAUGAUAACAAUACCAUCAGAGAAGCCUCCACUCCGUCAGUACGGCACCAUGCUACCGUCUCACCUGAAGAGUACCAUCUACCCUUCAGGCAGGGGAGUGAUUAUCAAAGAAAAACUCCUGAAGAAGGACAUGUUCACUAUGGCACUCAAAGUCGCGCCCGAUGCAGAGUCAUCUAAUGUUAAGUCAAUCGUGAUAGCCCUGGGCAUAGAGCAGGCCACGCUUCGCUAUAGAGGUGACAAGGGUAUAUCCUGGCUGACUCAACUGAUGGACAUCAUCGACGUCAUCGACUACCCCGUGCCAGGGUACACGCCCUCCACUGUCAUGUCCGAGUUACACGUACAUGUCGUGGACUGUGCUGUUGAUUAUAGACCACUCUACCUGCCAUUCCGCACAGUACUUACACUGGGUAAUUUCAGUGUUACAAGCAACCUAAUAGCGGCCACAAAUACUUCGUGCCUUCGUUUCAUAGCACAGGAGUGCACCCUAUUCCUAAUGCAUAUACUUGGGACUAAGCCUAAUUCCGCAGUACCACUCGACGAUGACAAGUUACCUGAUAUUGUAAAGGAUUAUGUGUGUGUCGUGGAUUUGGGCGUCUUUGAACUAUCCCUCAGAAUGGCUGAUAAGAAUAAUUGCCCACCGAAUCAACCGCACGUGGACCUGAGUGCUUCAAACAACAUGGUGACGCUCCACACCUGCUGGGACUCUGCGUCGGCACUGUUCCGUCUGCUCACGUACGCGUCAAUGGACGGAGACUCCACACCACCCAUCGAUCGAUCCUCUCGACACACCAGCAUCUGCUCCGACCAACCUUUAGAACAAUUAGUUGGUCUAGACGACAGGCCGGUAGAAGAAAUAAGAGAACUAUCCCCGAGUGAAAUUCAACAGGUCAACGACCUCAUGGCUGAGGCUAUGAAAGAAAGCCCUAAUACCACUUUGGAAGAAGAAGAUCUACAAAAUUCAAUGGAGGAAAAAAAUAAAACUACGGAAGUAUUUUACUUCCCCGACGAGUCUAACAUGAAGCGAAGGCCUACUGCAGGACCAUCGGAGGAGGAACCUCUCGUCGUGGCUGACGAUGAUUUACCUCCGAGGUUUUUCAACGAUUCCGAAAAACCGUUCAAUAUUCAUGUUGCUAAGGAGCUAGGAGACCCUACCUCGACUCCUAAGCGCACUCCUCGCAGAUCUAAGAGGAGAUCGACAAAAUCAAGUAGCGACGGUGGAAACACAGACGAUGAGUUUUGUUUCGUGGAUUCACAAUCGGUGCAUGCGGAUGAAGAGAUGGAUGAUCCGGGGGUCAAAAAUAUCAGACCCCCGACUCCUCCUCCCCCUCAACCGGAUGAACAUUACACUAAACCCAAGUUCAGGACUGAUGUCCUCGACCCACCGAAGAGUUACCCACAACCAAUGUUGCGAUACAAAUUACUAGAGAUGAGUAUUACGUGGAACUUGUAUGGAGGCAAUGACUUCCGAACAGCAGACCAACCGCUACCAAAGAAGAAGGUCACUAUUGAUGACCCUCGCUCACAAGGAUCUCCUACUACUUCCAGACGUUCCCAAGAAUACGAGCCGUACGAGUCAGGUCGUGCAGCCACGGCGGCGUAUCGUUCAAGCGGCGUGCGCUGGGCGGCCGGCAGCGACCGGGUGCGCGCCGCCCGCCUCACUACCCAAAGGGACCUCAGAGAACGAGGCGGACUGCACAGAGACCACACUGUUAAAGUCAAAAUUUGUCUAAACAAGGUGAAGUUCGUAUACGACAUUUACCCCCCGCGCGGAAUAUAUGCGUCGCGUCAAACAUUAGCUAUCAGUAAGAUAGAAAUACUGGACCAGUUAGUAUGCAGUGAUAUCAAUAAACUGCUCAGCCAGUACAGGCACAAGGAUGAACCUGAGAGGAAACAUGCUCAUAUGUUUUAUAUAAAAUGCGUGCAUCGCCGGCCGGACCCUGAGUUAUCAGCUCAGGAGUGUUGCGUGGUGGUGUCCGUUUUACCUCUAUGGUUCAACCUCGACCAAGAUACUUUAAAUUUCCUCGCCGCCUUCGUCAACAAACUCGGUUCUGAUGAAUAUCCAGAUGACGACUCUAAAAGCGUGGGAGGACUAUCCACAGACUCGAGUGGUUCCCGUCAGACGACGCCGACCCAUCGCCCUCCUGUCAUGACCCUCGGCAGGGAUCUUCGCGACCCCCCUCCCACGCCUUCCUACUCUGGAGACACUGACUCUCUUCAUGAGCCUACAUUCCGCAACGAUGAACCGCUAAUGGAGAAGUACGAGGCGGAGCGCCUGGUCUCCGAGAACCUCAUCCAGCUGGAGGAAGACUUCAACAAGCUCGGCGUACAGGAGAAACCUCAAGCCAAAACCUCGGCUGGCACUGAGCAUUUUGACGAUUCACCGAUAUACUUCCGACGUUUUGUAUUCAAGUGCGAUGUACCAAUUCGGUUAGACUACGUGGGCAAGCGAGUGGACCUGUCUGCCGGACCUAUCGCCGGCUUGCUCAUGGGCCUAGCACAACUCAACUGCUCUGAACUUCUACUCAAGAAACUUGAAUUUAAAUUGGGUCUUCUGGGUAUAGAAAAGUUAAUACAAUAUGCUACUACGGAGUGGAUGAAUGACAUCAAACGACAUCAACUGCCCGGACUGAUCGGUGGUAUUGGACCGAUGCAUUCAGUCCUGCAAUUUGUGGCGGGCAUGAAGGACCUGGUGUGGCUGCCGUACGAGCAGUGGCGGCGCGACGGGCGGCUGGUGCACGGGCUGCGGCGCGGGGCGGCCUCCUUCACCGCGCACACCGCCAUCGCCGCGCUCGACAUCACCACGCGACUGCUCAAACUCAUACAGGCCACGGCAGAGACAGCGUUCGACUUGCUGACGCCGGGUCCGACGCUGCAGCUGCAGGAGGCGUACGCGCGGCGCGAGCGGCGGCGCCGGCGCAGGCACGACCCCGCGCGGCACCCCGCCGACAUCAGGGAGGGCGUCGCUAGUGCCUACCAGACUGUGAGGGAGGGUUUCGAAGACACAGCAGCAACGAUGGCAGCAGCGGCGCGCUGGUCUAAUGGCGUGGGGGUGCUGCGCCACCUGCCGGGCGCGGCCGUGGCCCCGCUGGCGCUGGCGGCCGCCGGCGCCGCCGACGUGCUGGGCGGCGUGCGCGCCUCGCUCGCGCCCGACCACUCGCGCCACCACGCGGACAAGUGGCGCGCGCACCCGCCAGACAACCCGCACGAUUGUAUAGACUAA